CCCAGGUGAGGCUGGAGCAGCCUGCGAUGGUGGAAGGUGGCACUGGGGACAUCUUCAGGGUCCCUUCCAACCCGAACCAUCCCGCGGCAGUUGGGUGGAGGAGCUUUAAUGAGAUGGAGCAUCAGCAGCCCCUGGGAUCAAAACAUUUGGAAAACAUCUGGGAAUGGCCAACAUCUGGGAACGGCCAACAUCUGGGAAUGGCCAACAUCUGCAGAGCCCCGGCCGCACCUCAGCCUGCCCCGGGGGAUCCCCCGGGGGGUUCUGGUGCCACCGCGCUCCCCAGCGAAAGAGAAAAUUUUGUUUUCUCUGAACUGGGAAAAACUGGGAGUCCCAAUUCCGGAGGGAGCGCAGCCCUCGGAAAAGCGAGAAAAGCGCUUUCGGCAAAAUGGGAGAAGCGACCCCGCCGCUCGCUUGGCUUUGCUUCCCCGACAUCUCUCUCUGCUAUGGACAGUGCCAUCACCCUGUGGCAGUUCCUCCUCCAGCUGCUCCAAGAGCCCCAGAACAAGAACAUCAUCUGCUGGACCUCCAACGACGGGGAGUUCAAGCUGCUGCAGGCAGAGGAGGUGGCCAGGCUCUGGGGGAUCCGCAAGAACAAGCCCAGCAUGAACUAUGAUAAACUCAGCCGGGCGCUGCGCUACUACUACGUGAAGAAUAUCAUCAAGAAGGUGAAUGGGAAGAAGUUUGUGUACAAAUUCGUGUCGUACCCGGAGAUCCUGAACAUGGAUCCUCUCGUGGUGGGCAGGAUCGAGGGGGACCCCGAGAUGGCCGGAUUUGGGGAGGUCCCCAGCGCCCCCAAGGACGUGGAGAGCUGUGGCAAGGAGAAAUCCCAGUCCUGUGCCAAGUCCUCCAGCCGCAAUGACUACAUCCACUCAGGCCUGUACUCCUCCUUCACCCUCAACUCCCUCAACUCCUCCAGCGUGAAGCUCUUCAGGUCCAUCAAGAUCGAGAACCCGGCCGAGAAGCUGGCGGAGAAGAAACCUCAGGACCCCACCCCCUCCGUCAUCAAAUUUGUCACCAUGCCCUCCAAAAAGCCUCCCAGUGCCCCCCUGGUCUCCAGCACUUCGGCUGUGGCCGUCACUUCCACGGUUUCCGUCACCCCCACCGUGUCCUCCUCGCUGCCCCUGGGCUCUGAGGACACCCUGCAGACCCUGGAGACGCUGGUGCUGCCCAAGCUGAGCGUUCCUGAAGCUCCUCCAGCGCCUUUGCCAAACCUGAGCAGCAGCUUCACCCCCACCCCCCCCAUGGCCUCGGUGUCCCCCACCCUGCAGGUGGGGGGGGGGGGGGGGGGGGCGUCCCUGAGCUCCAACCCCGACCUGGACAUUGACACGGACAUCGAAUCUGUGGCUUCCCAGCAGCUGGAGCAGGCCCAGGGCCUCCAGCAGCAAUCCCCAGAGCCCAAAGAGCAGCAGGAUUCGGCUGGGCUGGAGAAGGAGUUUGCCAAUCACCUCUCCAGGUCGAAAAAACCCAAAGGUUUGGAGUUGGCUCCCACUCUGGUGAUCACAGGCAGCGAUCCCAGUCCUCUGGGCAUCCUGAGUCCUUCUCUCCCCACUGCUUCUCUUACUCCAGCACUUUUCUCUCAGACUCCCAUCCUGCUGACUCCCAGCCCUCUGCUCUCCAGCAUCCACUUCUGGAGCACCCUGAGCCCAGUGGCUCCUCUGAGCCCUGCCAGGUUACAAGGUGCCAACACCCUGUUCCAGUUUCCCUCAGUGCUGAACAGCCACGGCCCAUUCACACUGUCAGGACUGGACGGACCCUCCACCCCUGGCCCCUUCUCCCCAGAUCUCCAGAAGACAUAGCACAUGGAAUUCUGCAAAAGGACACAGUGGCAAGCAAGGCAAACACAGGACACUUCUCUUGAACCACCUUUUUUUUUAAAAAAAAACACUUUGUAAUUCCACAGAGAUUCUCAACAGUCGUAGUUGUUGCCAUUCCCGAAUCAAAAAAAAAAAAAAAAUUUGCCUUUUUUCUGCAAAAAUUCCCCCUUUUUUUGGAAGAACCCAGGUUGGGAAUGUUUAUGCAAACGCCUUAAUAGGAGCUGCAGCUCCAGUCUCUUCUCCUCCUCAGUUUGGAAGAUUUUUCCAAAAGGAAUUUUGGGUGGUGUUGCAGCAACUGAGUCUGCAGCAAACGGCACCAGAGGAGGCUUUUCUCUGUGACUCUUGGAAAAAAACAAAAAAAAACAAACCAACCCCUCUUGUUCUUCUGCUUCCUGGGCUCAGCAAGGAGAACCCUGAAUCCUGCUGGAAGCUGGAAUUCCAGGAAAUGUUUGGGAAUGGGAAUGGGCUGUGUGCUCUCAGCUCUGCCCCAGGGGCACCAGGACUUGGGCAGCAGCAAAAGCAGCCGGGGCUUUUCUGCUGGCGUUGUCUUCUUCUUCUUCCUUUUUUUUUUUUAAUUUUAUUUUGCAGGGAGAAAUUUUUUAUUUUUUUUUUCAAGGAUUUAUUCCAAGUUUGUGUCCAGGACAAUUCUGUGGAGUGGUGGUGUGGCCCAACAGCCCCUGGGAGAAGAGGUGGGGCUGGAGUUUGGAUGCUUCCCUGCCCUCCUUCCCUCCCCACGGACGGUGGGAUGAGCUCCUUUCACUUCUCACAGAGUUUGAAUGCUGGAGUCCAAACAUUUCUUGUGCCAGAGACCUGUUCCAGAGCCUCCCUGCUGGAUGAGCAGGAAGGGCAGAUUUUCCUUGGGUUUUGGGGGGAUUUUCCCUGGGUUUUUUUUGGGAUUUUUCCCUGGUUUGGGGGGAUUUUCCCUGUUUUUUUGGGAUUUUCCCUGGCUUUUGGAGGGAGGUUGCUGCCUGACCUGGAAUUGAGACCCCAGCAGGGUGAGAACAGCAACAUCCCAUCAUUAAUGUUGCUCCUCUUCCCCCACAGUUCUGGAAAAUCUUCCUGCUUUUCCCCACAUGGAGAAGCUCCUCUUUUGCCAGCUCUUAGCCCAGGUUUUGCAGUGGAGCUGUUGCUUUUCUUUAUUUUCUGGAGGGAGCACUGACCCCGAACCAGGCUGAGGGGUUCCAUGGUGGUGAAUUUGCUUUUCACCUCGUUGGUGUCCUGGAUUAAUAAUGCAGGAUUGUUUUCCAGAGCCAUUGGAGAGGAGAUGGAAUUUGUAGGUGGAUUUUUACACCUCAGGAGGCCUUUUAAGAAAACUGAGGGGUGAAAAAAAGUGAGAUUCUCCUUUCUCAGCCCCUCAGUCUGGGUGUGUUGGGCUGUGGGUCUGUGUCCUCCCAAUUUGGGCAUCUGAUGUCAGGCAGCAACUUCUGGGUUUGAGCUGGAGGUGUCAGAGGAUCUUCUCCAUAAAAUAUUCCCAGAAAACAGAUGGAGACAUCUCUUUGCUUCAGCAUCCUCAGAGCUGCCACGAGCAGAGGAAGAUUUUUGUGCAGCAGGAGGAGCUGACAGUGUUUGCUGUAAAUACUGCACCUGUUCCAUGGAUAAGUGGUGAACUCGAGCUUUUCCAGAGUUUUUUUCCUUUUGCCACUUCUGCAGGCUUGGAAUUCCCUUUAAAGCCACAACACCCAAGACUUUUCUUUCCCUGCAGUGAUGUUCCCUUUUCUAUAUCCUGACAUUGAGAUACAGAAAAAAAACCAAACCACUUUUGUGUGUUCCUGAUGUGACACCUGGGACAGGUGGGUGGAACAGAGUCGCUUUUUUUGGGCAUUGUUCACCUGCCCAGGGGAAAAGUGGGAGAAAAAAAUUAUUCCUUUUUCAGGUGGAGAAGCAGGGAGUGAUCUCAUGGAGUGACCUGUCUUCCUGUUGGCUCCUGUCAGAGGCAAAAAAUGCUUCACAUUUAGACAUCAGCAGAUGCAGGAGGAAAUUCCUGCACCAGCAGCUCUUAAAAUGUGCAAUAUUGACCUUUUUAUUUUUUGUUUUAAUUUUAUUUUUGAAAUGCAGAAGCGAAGCUGCAGGUGAUCAUGAAGAGCAGGCAUCUGGAAUUUUUUUUUUUUUUUGGUUUUUUGCAUGUUUGGAGCCUGCUCUGGGAAAUUUCUAUAGCUAUGUAUAAAUAGCAGCACUUUGGUUGGUUCAGGUUGGCCAAUUUUAUGCCUACCAAAUACUUGGACUUUGGAGAGAGCAACAUUUGCAGGCUGGGAUUCUAAUUGAAAAUUCAUAAAUGAGCACUAAAAACUUGCAAUUUAAUUGCUUUCCCUUCCCCCCUUGUUCCCCUGUGGAGAAAAGCCAAGUUUAGCUGUUGAAAAUUCGUGCACUUAAUUCUUUGUGAGCUUUUAUCUCUUUGGGCAGAGGGUCAGGCCCAAAAAAAAAAUGCAAUUUCUGGGCUCCUGCUCCUGUCCAAGGAGCUUUCCCAGGAUUGCUGUGCCACUGAGAUCCAGGUUUUCCUUGGGAAUGCUGAGUUCUGUGGAAAUGCAGCCUGGGUGGGAUGGUUCCAGGCAGAGUGGCAAUGGGAUCACUUUGGCUUCUGAAGGAAAAAAAAACCAGAGUCCACACAGGAUAAUAAACUCAGGAGGCAGCUGGGGAAGCUCAUGGAGAAGGGAGAGGAGCAGCUUUUGCUGCCUUUUCUCCACUGCAAUUUUCAGGUCACUUAAGGGAAUAUUUCCUUGUGUGCUGCCUCAUCAGCCACAUCCACUGCAGGGAGCUGCAGCUUCUCCUGGGCUCACAUUCCUGGCAGAGCCUCCCUGGGGCUCAGCUCUGGGAGCUGCUGCUUCUUAGGUCACUGCAGGAGCUGCUUUCUGCAGCUCCUCACAAUUUAUUUUGAAUUUAGCAUUUAGGGCAGGUGGGGUUAGAGUAGAUUCUGUUUUAGUUCUGUACCGUGGUGAUUUUUAAAAAAAUUAAAAAUAUAAUGCAGCAUCGCAGAAACUUUUUUUCUUAGGUUGCUGUUGCUGGAGUAGCCUUGGUUUUGUGGAAUGCUUGGCAAUUUUUGCAUCAGUUCCUUCCUGGCUGGCUGGGGUUCUGUGGAAGGUCAGAGCUUUUGGUGUAGAACAAAAGGGUUUGGUAGAAGACAAAGAAGAACCCAGGAUCCUCCCCAGGUUCUGGGGAUGGGAAUGGAAUCCCUGCUGGUCACAGCUUCCAUGGAACCCAAAUCUGGGAGGAUUUAGGCAGCAUGGAAACUGAAUGUGUGUCUUGCUUUGGGAAUUCCUUUGGUUUGGUUUGGUUUGGUUUUUUCCCACGUGGAGCUGCUGCUGCUGCCUGGCUCUGUUUGGGAUCCUGGGUUUUCAGGGUUCCUGGCAGGAGCAGCCCGUGGCAGCAGAGGGAAGUGCCCCAUGGUUAUGGAAGUGUUGCUGUUCUGUCUUUCCUGGGAAGGUGAUCCUGGUAAAAAAGGGUGAUGGAGGAAUUCUGGGGUUUUUUCAGCAGCAGCUUUAGGUUUAGAGCU